UGCCUCACACGCCCGUCCCCCUUCUCUUCCAUUACUGCUAGGCCAUUCCUCCGCAAGUCGGUCUAAGGCUCGCACGAAGAGGACGGGGAGGACGAGGAGAGAUGGAUCGUAGUACUCCGGUGAGGAAGUCGCACACCUCCACUGCCGAUCUGCUGACGUGGUCGGAGACGCAGCCGACGGCGGCUGAUCAGGCGACGCCGCCUUCCCGCCGGACCCUCAAGCCGGCGGGAGGGAUCACCCCGGUGAUGUUCGGGGCGCAGAUGUCCGCCGAGGAGGCCGAGAGCUUGAACAAAAGGAAACCCUGUUCAAGCUCGAAAAUGCGGGAGAUGACUGGAAGUGGUAUCUUUGCAGCAGAGAGUGAGAGUGAUACAAUGGAAUCUGGCGAUGCAGUUUCAAAUCCUAUUAGUAAGACAAGUGUGCGAAUUUGUCAGCAAGCCGUUAGUGCAAUUAGCCAGAUCUCAUUCAGUGCUGAAGAGACCGUUUCCACAAAGAAGCCUACUUCAAUCGCUGAGGUAGCAAAGCAACGAGAGCUAAGUGGAACAACUGAGAGUGAGUUAGAUGCUAAAGUCAAGAAGCAGCUGUCUGAAGCGAAGAACAAAGAGCUCAGUGGGCAUGACAUCUUUGGUCCUCCUCCUGAGGUUCCAGCCAGGCCGUUAGCUGCAAGGAAUUUGGAGCUGAGGGGUCACUUGGAUUUCGUCUUGCCGCAGCCUCGCAACAUACAUACAUCAGUUAAAGUAACUAACCCGGCUGGGGGUCCUAGCGAUAUCAUUUUUAGUGAGGAAACCAUCACCAAGACAACAAAGAAGAUCCACACUCAGAAGUUCCAAGAGCUGACGGGCAAUGACAUAUUUAAGGAAGAUGCACCCCCGGGAUCUGCUGAGAAGCCACUGAGCGAGGCAAAGCUAAGAGAGAUGAGUGGCAGCGACAUCUUUGCUGAUGGGAAAGCUGCCUCCAGAGACUACUUCGGUGGAGUCCGUAAGCCUCCUGGUGGUGAGAGCAGCAUUGCUCUGGUUUAGCUACCCUGACUUAUGCAUUAGCGCAGUCUGGCUUUCUAAUCAAUUUCCAAAACAUGUUUGUAUGGACUAAUCAAACGCUCCAUCUGCUUGGUUUAGUACUGUUUGGUUUUGACCACUCAUAUUUAGAGUGAUCAUGAUGAACUUACCCAAGGAAUGUUUUUGCUGUUAUAUUAGAGUUGUUAUUAUGGAUCAUGGCUCGAGGAUGAUGUUUGGUUAAUAUAGUAA